UUGAGUUCUGUAUAUUAAUUUCAACCACGAUCUUCGUGUAGGAGUUGAUGUAAUCAUCGGUGAUGAAGAAGCAUAUCUGUCAGUAGAAGGACUUUCAAUUCGUAUGAGACCCCCUAAGUUAGCAGAUUUUUGUCAUCAGAGAAAAGAGCAGAGUGGAUCGACAGAACCAGAAUUAGAUGAAACAAAACUUCAAAUGGACAAGUGUUUUAUUCUCCCAAGCAUGAAAAGAGGGCAGUUAGUUUCCAUAUCCAAAGAUGUUCCCCAUUACAGUCCUUUUCAGGGAUACAGGGAUAUCAAAAAGUAUUGGAAAAACAUGUAUGGCUACAGACUUCCCGAAGAACAAAAUGGAUUAUUCUAUGUGAAUGUCGAGUUCUGGGGACUAUUGCAGGGAAGAUUUACUUAUCCCAGUCUGUGUAUUCGUCUGCAUGAUAUGCUCCACAUUCCAAGAGUGGAUCCUCAGCCUAUUAUUUCUAUGUUUCUAAAUGAUCUUCAGUGUAAGGUUCGGCAGAUCUGCGGAGAACCAUUCAUUCUUACAAAUACGACCGCAGUGUUUCCACAAUUAGCAUUACAGCCAUCGUCCAAUAUAAUGGAGACUGGUAACAAGCCGUCACUUGUCUCUUAUCAAACACCAGGACUUCCGGUGCCUCUUCGCAGGACUCAUCCGAUCCAUUUAAAAGAGAUUACAAAAUCAAGUGCACUUUUGCAAUCUAAUGAAUUUUUUGAUGAAGUCAAUGGUAAGCCAGUGUCAAAUCAGCUUAUCAAACCAAUAUUUAAACCACGUAGGUCUGUAGUUAAAAAACUUCAUAACUUUUCCCCAACUCGUACUUCAACUGGUAAUCCCACAAAGGCUUUCAAACCACGGAACAAUAUUUCAUGUAACGAUGACAACAGAAACUCGACCGAGACGAAAAUGGAUACAUUAAACAAAACUUCUAUUGUGUAUCCUAAUUUUUGUGUCUCUUCAGCUCGAUGUGUCUCACAGAAAAUCACUCCAAAACCUCAAGUGACUAUUCCGACCAGUCAGUCAAAAAUGGAUUCUAUUAUUGAGCGUGACAUGAAGAAAAUUUUCAACAAAAAGUCGAGUUCACCAAGUCUGUCAAAAGUGGUGAGAAAUACUAAAGAACCAAAGCCAAAAACCCCCAGAAAACAAAGCAGUGAGAACAUAGAUGUAAUUUUAAUGGCUAAGGAGAAAAAGCUCAACAAAUUAAGUGCUCCAGUACUAGUAUCUUGGCUAAAGGAAAAAGGUGUUCUUUGCAAGUCCAAGGACAAAAAGCUUGACGUUAUUCAACGAGUUGAAAGAUACCUUCACCUCACAGCCCCAGAGCAAUAGCUGCCUGGAAAAGCAUCUUUUAUAGGUAAGUUUCUAGAAUAAUAAUAUUGAGUAUGUUAUCUUCUUCUGGGAAAAAAUUUUGUCAUUGUUCAGCAUCAGGAUGUUAAUGACGUAUACAAGCAUGUUUUUUGAAAUAGAAUUUCUGAAUCUUUUAUUUUUCAUAGUAUUAGAGUUUUGAUGGUGUGUAUUUUCUUGUUUAUUGUACGUAUUCUUCUUUCCUUGUGUGGUAUACAGAUGUACUAUGUUUUCCUAUCACCUAUAGUAACAUAAUAUUGUUUUCAUAUUAGUAACUGUUAUUGUACCGUCAUGAUGGCAACACAUGGUCCAGUGUGUUUAAUAUUACCUUAUUCUAGUCACCUUAACCCUUUUGUUGAUUACGUCUUUUGCUCCCAAAGAUAUUUUAUUCUGUAUUUUGAAACUGGGUUAUACUAGUUAUAACUGCAAUAUUGUUUGUUGGCCGAACUUGGACAUACGUACAUCAGCUGAAUCUGAUGGCUAACUAAUGCUGUUAGGGAACAAAGGUCAUGAGGUGAUGCUGGACAAAAAAAAUGUUAGGUGAUGUCCAAAACCCAAGUUUACUUAUUUACAGUAGAGAUCUAACUAAUGCUGCCCUUCUUUAUUGUGGGAAUAAUGAAGACGAAGAAACUGACUAGUCAGAAAUAAGUACUGUCUCUCAUCAGUGGGCUGAGGCUGCUUCCUUUGUUUAUUGUCGUUUGAAUAAAAAUUUUGUUCAUUCAUUUAAAGUUUGUCCAGUCUGUUUAUUCACACACCAAAGAAAUAAAAAUUUAGUCAAACUGCUACAUUGUAAUUUUUCUUGGAGGAUUCUGCCAUUAUUAUGGAAAAUUCUGUCUGAAGAGUUAUCAGGAAAUCAGUUUUAAACACUUGUUCAUAGAGUUAGAAUUUUGAUAAAGUAUACAGGCAAGUUUCAUGUUGAUUAUACAAGUUGUACUUGCAUUGAUCAUAACAUCAGAGUUUUGUUUUGUUGUUGUGCAUAUCUUGUUUUUUUCAAUGUUUAUAGUACUAGAAUUUUGAUUACGUAUAAAAACCAAGUUUCUUAUUGACUAAACAAGUUCCCCUUCUUUCAUUGUUCCUAGCAUUAUAAUUUUG